GACGUGGCUCGAGAUUAUUAGACUUCUUACGUCCGUCCUUGCAAAUCCCCAUAGUUCACGUGCAAUUGCAAAGAAGAAUAUAGAGAAAUCUCACGGACACUUUACCUGCUUGAGGAUGACAUCUUGCCAAACUGUAGUGCGCGACCCCAAUGCAUGUGUCAGCGGGCGUGCGAGGCAUCGCUCUUCUACCCACACGUCGCCGUUUUCUCAGGACCAGGUGUUCCAGGGGAGGAAGAGCCGGCAUUUGUCAUUGAUCGGCACCAAUAACUCGCUUCCCUUUGCUCGUGUUUAAUUCUAGACUUCUGGCCCCACAACCGGAACGUGUUGCUAUAGUGACCGGAGGCACGGAUGGAAUCGGCUAUUCCACUGCGAAGCAUCUGGCGAGACUGGGCAUGCAUGUGAUCCUAGCUGGAAAUAAUGACAGCAGUGCCCCAGACGUCGUGAGAAAAAUACAAGAAGAGACUUUGAACGACAAAGUGGAGUUUUUGUAUUGCGACCUGGCGUCUCUGAGGUCCAUCCGGCAGUUCGUCCAGAAGUUCAAGAAGAAGAAAAUCCCUCUCCACGUCCUGGUCAAUAAUGCCGGGGUGAUGAUGGUCCCUGAGAGGACGACCGAGGACGGCUUCGAGGAGCACUUCGGGCUGAACUACCUGGGCCACUUCCUGCUCACCAACCUCCUGCUGGACACGCUGAAGGAGUCGGGAGCUCCCGGCCGCUGCGCCAGGGUGGUCACCGUGUCGUCGGCCACACAUUACAUCGGCGAGCUGGACAUGGAUGACCUCCAGGGCAGCCGCUGCUACUCCCCGCACGCCGCCUACGCCCAGAGCAAGCUGGCCCUGGUCCUGUUCACCUACCACCUGCAGAGGCUGCUGGCCGCCCAGGGGAGCCCCGUGACGGCCAACGUGGUCGACCCCGGGGUGGUCAACACGGACCUCUACAGACACGUCUUCUGGGGCACGCGUCUCAUCAAGAAGCUCUUCGGAUGGUGGUUUUUCAAGACCCCAGAUGAGGGAGCCUGGACGUCGGUCUAUGCAGCGGUCACCCCGGACCUGGAGGGACUUGGCGGCCGCUACCUGUACAAUGAGAAAGAGACCAAGUCUCUCGCGGUCACGUAUGACCUAGAUCUUCAAACAGAGCUGUGGGCCAGAAGUUGCCAGAUGACCGGCAUCACCGACGUGACCCAGGACACCUUCUCGGGGUAGCUGCUGCCUUCUGUCUACCAAGCACAGGUCUGUGACAGACCCCCAUGUCUGCAUUGUUCAUAGUCGUCUGCCUUCAUGGCUGUGUCCCCAGAGGUCUCCUGUCUGCCAUCCUACCUUUGCAGGAAAUCAAGGGCCAAAAGAAACAUUGAAUGUAAUCCCCAAGUAGGUGAUUCUGAGCCAUAAUCGUGUGCCAAAUUGCUACAAGUGCCAUGAACAAUUAAAUGCUGCCUAACCCAA